AUGGCGGCACGUACCUGCGGACCGUACCUCUGGAGGAGUGCAGGCCUGUCCUUCUGCUGUCUCUCUUCUGCCUCGUAUCGUGUUGUUAUUACUGUUCUGCUGGUCGUGCGGGCUAAUAAUCAAAUCGACCCGGCUGCCAGUGCCAACCUCUUGCUGCGGACGACUUGCUGCGGUAUGACCAGGGGUCCUGGAAGCAUGAAAGACGGAGAUUUAAAAGGCCAAUUUCGCUAA